AUGAGUAACAGUACGAUAGAAAAAGAUUAUAUUGAUCAAUUGAGUCAUAUUCUUCCAUUACAACGAUCAUUUACAUCACUUGAACGAAUUUUAAUUGUAUGUAUUGUUUCAAUAUUUGUUUCCUUUGUCGGCUGUACAUUGCUUUGUCUUAUUUGUCCGCGAUCUCCUUUAAGACGAAGAUAUUAUUCAAAAGCUAAAUUGAAUAAAGAACCAUAUAAUUCGGUAAAUACAAUCUCAAGAAAAAGUAUUCUCGAAAUUCCACCAUCAUAUUAUGAAUCCAUUGUUAAAACUAAUGAAAAUACAGAUUAUAAUAAUUUGAUUAAAAGUCCAUAUUUAAAUAUAGUACGAAAGCUUUCUAAUGGAACAGUAUCAGAUAGUGAUUGUAUUUCAUCAAGUCCUGGUAGUGACCAUCUGUUGUCAUUAGAUAGAAAAGAUAUUCGUUCUCAAUCCGAUUGUUCAUCUUUUUCAAAUGUUGGUGUAGUUUCAACCAUAAGUCAUACAUAUCCAUUAGUUCCAUAUGCUCAAAUAAAUGUUGAACUUGAAAUUGAUAUAUUAAAAAAUCUACUUAAUACACAUUUAAUAAAUGGUGAACAUUUUCGUAUUCAUCCAGCAUUUGAUGAACAAGCAGAAUAUUUUAUUCGUAUACAAUUAUUAGAUAAUAAAGUAUUAAAGAAAUUUCGAGAAGGAUGGAAAAAACAUCGAUCAAAUUUAUCAUUAAAUCUAUGGAAAAAACAGCAAGAGAAAACAACAAAAAAUUUAUCUCGAUUAACAGAUGAUACAUUAACAUGUAAUGAAUUUGUACAAUUUCAACUCAAUAAAAAUAAUAUAGGAUUAACAUCACUACGAUUUUUAUUAUUUUGUACUGAUCGAUCUGGUGGUCUUCAAGAUUUAAUGUUCGAAUCAUUAAUUCCUUUAAAUCCAUCAAUGAUACCUAAAUAUCAACAAAUAAUUGAAUUUCAAAAGCUUCCUCAAAUUAUUUUUGGAGAAAUAUCUGUUGGUAUUAGUUAUCUACCAACUUCAGAACGAUUUACAAUUAAUAUUAAUAAAUUACGUUAUUUCUGUAAAACAGAAAAAGAGAAUAAAACUGAUGUUCGUUUAACGGUAACAUUUCUUCAUCACGGUCGUCGUUUUUUUCAAAACAAAAUUCCAUUUAUUUUAAAUCAUUCAGUUCUUGAUAAUGAAAUAAAAGAUAUUAUUAUACAAAAUAUUCCACAAAAUAAAAUUCAAUCUGUUUAUUUACAUCUUGAAUUAAAUUCAACAAAUAAUUCAUCUAUAUCGUCAACUUCGAUUCUUCUUGGUCAAAAUACACGUUAUGAAUCUGAUUGGAAAAAAAUUCUUGAACAUCCUCGACAAACUCAUCUUGGAUGGUAUCAAUUUCUUGCAUAA